GGUGCUUGCUGGCCGCGGGGAACCCGUCCGUGUUGACAGUGGGCAGUGGAGCCUCCGCCUUGCCAGCCGAAGCGAUAUAAAGCCACCCCGAGGUCCACGCCACCGCUGCCCGCUGGUGACCAUGAAGGCUGUCGUCCUCACCCUGCUGGCCAUCGGCCUGGCCCUGCAGCCAAGCGGUGCCCUGCAGUGCUACUCCUGCGAGGCCCAGGUGAGCAACCAGAACUGCCUGCACGUGAAGAAUUGCACCCGCUCUGAUACCCAAUGCUGGACCGAGCGCAUCCGUGCUGUUGGCUUCCUGACCAUCAUUAGCAAGGGCUGCACCUCGCACUGUGUGGAGGACUCCCAGAACUACUACUUGGGCAAGAAGAACAUCACGUGUUGCUCCAGUGACCUGUGCAAUGCCAACGGGGCCCAUGCCCUGCAGCCAACUCUUGUCACCCUGGCGCUGCUCACUGCUCUCUGUGGCCUGCUGCUCUGGGGCCCUAGCCGGAUGUAGGAGGCAGGAGGACCCCACUGUGUCCCAGGGGCCCCAGGGCACUCUUCACACACACCUGGUCCAGUCGAGGCCCCUCCUGGACCCUAACUUGGGUCGGGCCAUGCCCCUCUGCCCUUUCUAGCCUUCCAUGGCUCCCUAGGACUCCUGCCCAGCUCCCACUGCCCAGCAGGCUGGGCUGUAUUGAUGCGCGACAGCCUGCACACGGCCCACACAACCCCCACAUUCCAACCCACUCCUUAAUCCUCGCUUAGGCAUACUCUUCCUCCAGGAAGCCUUCCCUGACCGCUCCCUCCACCUCUAC